AUGGCUAAUCUAAUUGCAUCAGUUCGCCAGCAACUGCAUCCAGAGUUCACCAUCAACCAAGAGCUCUAUGAACCAUUGGACAUUGAGCGCAUCAGCACCGAUGACUGGUCAGUGGAGCGAUUCAUCAUCGAGAAGAAGCUGUCCACUGCUGACGCCGUUCAGAUGAUCAAGGAGACAAUGCAGUGGCGACACUACCUCCGCCUGACUACUCUAACUGAAGCACACUUUCCGCGGGAAUUCUACCUUCUGGGGACGGCCUUCUCCAGCGGAUCAUUUGACCGAGAGGGCAACGGUCUGCUCUUUCUUCGCACCAAGUUCCACCAAAAAAUGGAAGAGAUGAAGUACCUCGGAGAGCAGUACACCGCAUUUAUGGUGGAACAGCUGGAUCGGAGUUUGGGCCGCAAUCGAGGCGUGACCAUUGUCUUUGAUGCCUCCAAUUCGGGAUACGCCAAUUUGGACAUGGAGUCACUGGGGCGGCUGGUACAGGCCAUCAGCCAGUACUUUCCCUGUGGACUGAAACGGCUGCUCGUAUAUGAGAUGCUCUCCAUCUUCAGCGGCCUCUGGAGCGGUAUCAUCAGUCACUGGCUGCCGGCGGAGUUCUGCAGCAAGGUCGUCUUUGUGAACCGCAAAACGAUUGGCAGCUACAUCUCUGAAGAGGAUCUUCCCUUUUACAUGGGCGGAAGGUGUAUGGUAAAUCCUCACGCCGUUCCCGAGGGAUGCACUCGGUCUUUUGCAGAGUGGGGCGGCGUUUCCAGUCCAGAGGUGGAGGGCAACAAGUUCAGUGAGAAGGCAAUCAAGAAGGCCUUUAAAAUGUGGAAGCCAAUGAUGGAGAUGGCGAAACGUGAGGAGAAAGAGCUUUUUAAUGCAAUAUCUUCUGAAAGUGGAUUGUAA